AUGGUCAAAGAAACCAAGUACUAUGAUUUCUUGGGGGUUUCCCCAGACGCGACUGAGCAGCAGUUAAAGUCUGCAUACAAGAAGGGCGCUUUGAAGCACCACCCAGAUAAGAACAAGAACAACCCCGAGGCUGAAGAAAGAUUCAAGGAAAUCUCCCACGCUUAUGAGACUUUGUCCGACUCCCAAAAACGUGCAAUUUACGACCAAUAUGGUGAAGAGGGUUUGGAGGGCGGCGGCGGCGGUGGUGGUGCUGGUAUGAAUGCCGAGGACCUUUUCUCACAGUUCUUCGGCGGCGGCGGUGGUGGUUUCGGUGGAAUGUUCGGUGGCGGCAUGCGUGAUCAGGGCCCCAAGAAGGCUCGCACUAUUCACCACGUGCACAAGGUCAAUUUGGAGGACAUUUACCGUGGCAAGGUCUCAAAAUUGGCGCUCCAAAAGUCCGUUAUCUGUUCCGGCUGUGAUGGCCGCGGUGGUAAGGAGGGUGCUGUUAAGGAGUGUACCGGCUGCCAUGGUACCGGUAUGAAGACCAUGAUGCGCCAGAUGGGUCCCAUGAUCCAGCGCUUCCAGACUGUCUGCCCUGACUGCAAUGGUGAGGGUGAGAAUAUCAAGGACAAGGACCGUUGCAAGAAGUGCAGCGGUAAGAAGACUGUUGUUGAGCGCAAGGUGUUGCACGUCCACGUCGACAAAGGUGUGCGCGAUGGCCACAAGAUCGAGUUCCGUGGUGAGGGUGACCAGAUGCCUGGUGCCCUCCCCGGUGACGUUGUUUUUGAGAUCGAACAGAAGCCCCAUGACCGCUUCCAGCGUAAGAACGAUGAUCUUUUCUACCAGGCCGAGAUCGACCUUCUGACCGCACUCGCCGGCGGUGCCAUCCACAUUGAGCACCUUGACGAGCGGUGGUUGACUGUCAACAUCGCCCCCGGCGAGGUUAUUACUCCUGGUUCUAUUAAGACUAUUACCGGCCAGGGUAUGCCCUCAUUCCGCCACCACGAUCACGGCAACCUUUACAUCAAGUUCGAUGUCAAGUUCCCUAAGGGAGAGGAGCUGAAGAACCUCGAGCUCCUCGAGAAGGUCCUCCCUCCUCGCUUGCAGCAGAACCAGCCCCCGGCUGAUGCCAUGGUUGAUGACUUCGAACUGGAGACUAUCGACACUAACGAAAACUCCCAAGCCCGCGCUCACGGCGGUGCCGUUGAUGAGGAUGACGAUGAUGUGCCUGCCGGUGCUGAGCGUGUGCAGUGUGCCUCGCAGUAA